CCACCCAUCCACGGCUUCACCCUCACCUGCUUCCCCCCCCCGGCUCCCCAUCACCAGGGUUUCCGCGAUGUGUGCCCGGUACCGGAGCUGGCUGUGGGUCUGGUCCGCCUUGCUGAGCCUGAGCGCUCCGACCCGGUCCCUGGAGCUCGGCGAGCUGUUCCCGUUCGGAGCGGAGUCCGGAGACCAGCAGCUGCCGCCCGGCUCGGACUCCACGGCCGAGCUGCCCCUCCGCGGCUCCGUGUUCUUCUUCCAGAGAGCCUGCGACCGGGUUUACAUCAACACCAAUGGCUUGGUGUCUUUCGACGGGCCCCCGAAGGAGCAGGAGUACCUGGGGAAGAUGCCUGCCGGUUUCGGAAUGAUUGCAGCGCUGCUUGGAGACCUGGAGGACAGUGACGGACUGGGAAAGGUCCACUUCAGGUGGGACAGCAGCCCGGAGGUCCUGACCCGAGCCGCAGAGUACGUCAGGCGAGCUUUCCCCAGAGAUGAGGGGGUGGAGCCCACCGCCGCCCUCGUGGUCACCUGGGAAAACAUGGCCGCCCGGGGGACAACUGGGCGAGGAGACGGAUUGGGCACAAAGAGAAACACCUUCCAGCUGGUGGUGGCCUCAAUGGAGUCGUCUUCCUGCGCCAUCCUCUUGUAUCCCCGAAGCGGUCUACAGUUCGUCUCCACCUUGGUAGGGGGUGAGAACAAGCUCCUCGAGGCUGGCUUCAACCAAGGCCUCGUGACGAGUUGGAUCUGGCAGGUCUCGCAGGGGACUUAUUUCCGCACCACCUCGGACGAAGAGACCUCCAUCAGGGAACUCACCGAAAAGACAAACUCGGGACAGGAUGGAGUCUGGGUGUACGAGAUCGGCUCCUCGCCGUUCUUUCAUGCCAUUACUACAGGAAUGGUCACUGGCUUACUUGAAGAGGAGGAGGACGCCGUCACACCUCCUGUACCAGAGGACGAAGAGCUGACUCCAACCGAUUAUCAACCCAAGUACCCAGAACCUGAGACCGUCACUCUAGGGUACAUUGAACCGGCGACUGAAGAUUAUGAAAGACGUGGUCAGUUCAAACCCGAAUCCUCUGAAUCUGAGACUGUCACACCAUGGUACACCGAACCGGCGACUGAAGAUUAUGAAAGACGUGGUCAGUUUGAUCCUGAAUACCCUGAAUCUGAGACCGUCACACCAGGGUACACCGAAUCGACGACUGAAGAUUAUGAAAGACGUGGUCAGUUCAAACCCGAAUCCUCUGAAUCUGAGACUGUCACACCAGGGUACAUCGAACCGGCGACUGAAGAUUAUGAAAGACGUGGUCAGUUUAAACCCGAAUCCUCUGAAUCUGAGACCGUCACACCAGGGUACACCGAAUCGACGACUGAAGAUUAUGAAAGACGUGGUCAGUUUGAUCCUGAAUACCCUGAAUACGAGACCGUCACACCAGGGUACACCGAACCGGCGACUGAAGACUAUGAAAGACGUGGUCAGUUUAAACCCGAAUCCUCUGAAUCUGAGACCGUCACACCAGGGUACACCGAACCGGCGACUGAAGACUAUGAAAGACGUGGUCAGUUUGAUCCUGAAUACCCUGAAUCCGAGACCGUCACUCUAGGGUACAUCGAACCGGGGACUGAAGAUUAUGAAAGACGUGGUCAGUUUAAUCCUGAAUACCCUGAAUCGGAGACCGUCACACCAGGGUACACCGACCCUGAAAGGGCUGAACCAAGAUACCCAGACACUUCUGAGACAAGGUACCCCGACCGAACCGGGCCGAGGUACCCAGAAUCCGAGCCUUCCCAACCCAGAUAUCCGGACCUUGAAACAAACGAGCCGAGAUACUCUCCAGACGAGCCGAGGUACCCCGAUCCAGUCCAACCAGUACCGCCCCAUUCCCAUUCCCGGCCCCAGCAACCCCAGAUCGUCGUGGUAGACGAGGAUGAAGCUCUCAACGUGACCGUCUUUCCGUACAAUUCAGAGACGUGCGCCCACAACCGGCUCAAAUGCUCGGCUUUCGCAGACUGUCGAGAUUACAGCACCGGGUACUGCUGCCACUGCCGGCCCGGUUUCUAUGGUAACGGAAAGGACUGCGUCGCUGAGGGCAAACCACAGAGAAUUAACGGCAAGGUGAACGGCCGAGUCUUUGUGGGGAACUCGCCCUCCCCCGUCGAGCUCGGUAACAACGACCUGCACUCGUACAUGGUGGUCAACGACGGGCGGGCCUCCGUGGCCAUCAGCAACAUCCCGGACGCCCUGGGCCCCUCCAUGCUGCCGCUGACGUCCCUCGGCGGGGUCAUCGGCUGGGCCUUCGCCCUGGAGCAGCCCGGCCACCACAACGGCUUCAGCCUCAUCGGCGGUCGGUUUUCCCGGCAGGCCGAGGUCAUCUUCCACCCUGGCAACGAGCGCCUGAGCAUCACACAGCGGUUCGAAGGCAUCGACGAGCACGACCACCUGGUGGUGAACACGGAGCUGGAGGGGCGCCUGCCCGCCGUCCCGCUGGGGUCCUCCGUCGACAUCAACCCGUACCAGGAGGUCUACCAGUACGACAGGAACCUGAUCGCUUCUUCCUCCAACCGCAACUACACCGUCACCUCCCCCGACGGUGAGGCGCAGACCAGGAGCUACCACCUGCGGCAGACCCUCACCUUCGAGGGCUGCGCGCACGACGAGGCCCCCGUGGCGGCGCAGUCCGCCCAGCGGCUCAGCGUGGACCGCGUCUUCGUCAUGUUCGAGGCCCACAACCAUCUGAUCCGCUACGCCACCAGCAACAAGAUCGGCUCGGUCCACGGCAGCCCCCCCCAGCAGAACCCGUGUUUCACCGGCCGACACGGCUGCGACAUCAACGCCGCGUGCCGCCCGGCCGAAGGCCUCCAGUUCAGCUGCCAGUGCGCCGCCGGUUUCACCGGAGACGGGCGCUACUGCCACGAUGAUGACGAGUGCAGAGAGACUCCUGAGAUCUGUGGAGCCAACGCCGUCUGCAUCAAUCAGCCCGGAAGCUUCCGCUGUGAGUGUUCCGCCGGCUUCCUGUUCGCCGGCGACGGAAGGACCUGCAUCGAGAAGCGCCCGGUGGAUCCGUGCCACGACUGCGACGCCCCCGAGAGAGCGCUGUGCAGCCCCGCCGGGGGCUCCGCCUUCGUCUGCUCCUGCCUGCCGGGCUUCGAGGGGGACGGCCGGCUGUGUCGGGACGUGGACGAGUGUCAGCAGGACCGAUGCCACAGCGCCGCCUUCUGCUCCAACACGCCGGGCUCCUACGCCUGCCAGUGCCAUCCCGGUUUCCACGGCGACGGCUUCCAGUGCAGCCCCUCCUCCUCCGAGCGCCAGGCGACGGCGUGCGAGCGCCACAGAGAGAGCGUCCAGGCCGCCGCCCCCGGCUUCCCCUUCGAGUUCCGCCCCCGGCCGCCGGUCGGUCAGUACGUCCCCCAGUGCGACCAGCGCGGGGCCUACGAGUCCACGCAGUGCCACGCCGCCAUCGGGCAGUGCUGGUGUGCGGACAGCGCCGGACGGGAGAUCCCCAACACGCGCACGGGACCCGGCAGCACCCCCCUGUGUAUCGACCAGGCGGUGACUCCCGCUCCGGUGGGUCCGACCCCGCGGCCCGACGUGCACCCCGUCCCGUCGGGGACGUACCUGCUGUUCGCCCAGAGCGGGAAGAUCGAACGCGUUCCUCUGGACGGGUACGACAUGCAGCAGGAGGAGGCCAAAACUCUGCUGCACCUCCCGGAGCGGGUGGUGAUCGCCGUGGCCUACGACUGCGUGGAGGAGAUGGUUUACUGGACCGACAUCACCGGGCCGGCCAUCAGCCGGGCCCGUCUGAGCGGAGGAGACGUCGUCCCGGUCGUCACUACAGGGCUCCAGAGUCCCGAGGGCCUCGCCGUCGACCACGUGGCCCGCCUCCUCUUCUGGACCGACUCGGCGCGCGACACCGUGGAGGUCUCCCAGCUGGACGGCGGCCGGCGCCGCGUCCUCCACGACACGGACCUGAUCAACCCUCGAGCCAUCGUCGCCAACCCGGCGUACGGGCGGCUGUACUGGUCGGACUGGAACAGGGACGGGCCCAAAAUCGAGAUGUCCAACAUGGACGGGACGGAUCGGUCGGUGCUGGUGAAAGACGACCUGGGGCUCCCCAACGGCCUGACCUUUGACCACGAAGGCCAGCAGCUGUGCUGGGCCGACGCAGGGACCCGCAAGGUGGAGUGUAUGGAUCCGCACCGCAGGCUGAGGAGGCUGAUCGUGGAGGGGAUCCAGUACCCCUUCGCUCUGGUCCACCUCGGGAAGAACCUCUACUACACCGACUGGAGGAGGGAGGCGGUGGUCGCCGUGGAUCGCGUCUCGGGGGAAGAGAUCGAGGAGUUUCUGCCGCGGAAGCGCUCCCGGCUGUACGGCAUCACCGCGACACCGGCCCAGUGUCGGCAAGCCUACAACUACUGCUCCGACAACGGCGGAUGCCCCCACCUGUGCCUGCCGCGGCUCGGCGGCUUCACCUGCCGCUGCCCGGACGCCGGCGGCCCGUGUGAGGAGGGGAGCCCGUGAGGUCAUCGAGGGGGGGGGGGGGUGGGG